AUGAUUAUUGAAAGAAUUAUGUCCAUAAAUGGAAUGAAUGCACUGUUACAAAGGCCAACGUACUCGUCUCUAUUAGCUGAGUAUAUUGUGCAAACGGAAAACCCCAUAAGUUGGAUAAUACCCAAGUAUACCAAGUUUGGAGGGGAAACGGGAGAGUCGACCUUCGAGCACAUAGCCAGAUAUCUGACUGAAUCAGGUGACAUGGUAAACAAUGAAAGUUUAAAAGUGAAACAUUUCCCCUCAUCCCUCCCUAAGGCGGCUUUCACAUGGUUUACCACGCUGCCCCCAAAUUCUAUUGACUCAUGGCCUAAAUUAGAAAAGCUUUUCCAUGAGCAAUUUUAUGAGGGACAUUCAAAAAUUAUUUUGGUCGAAUUGUCGAACAUUAAGAUAAGGUUUGCUAAGACCAUUGAUGACUACCUGAACAGGUUUAGGUCGUUAAAGGAAAAAUGUUUUACCCAGGUACUCGAGCAUGAACUGGUUCAAAUGGCUGCGGGGGGUUUAGAUUAUUCCAUCAGGAAAAAUAUAGACCCAACCUUCGUUAAGAGUAUGUCACAGUUGGCUGAUAGGGUUCGGCACCUUGAGCGUUUGCGAUUGGAAAAAGUCAGGCAUACUAAAGCUAAGGCUAAGAAAGAAAAAGUAGCCUAUAUUGAUUAG